AUGACAGGAGUUUCUAAGGACCAAAUACAAUGUACAAUGUGCUCUGCCUGUGACAAUCCAUGUCAACCCCUGCCAUCUCCUCCCCCACCACCCCCUGUCUCUACUUCUCCACCACCGCCAUCUCCGCCGCCGCCUGCCGCUGUCUCAGACUGCCCACCGCCACCAUCGAUGCCAAGUUCAGGCCCAUAUUACUACUCGCCACCGCCACCUAAUUCAGUGCCUACGUAUGAGUACUCCUCUCCACCACCCCCUGCUGAUGUUGGUGAAUUUUAUCCGCCGCCAAACUACGAAGAGAUAAAGAAUCAUAACAUGAUCGAGACGGAGCAUGCGCGAACGAGGGCUUCUCGGAUGAUAACUGAAGCAAUAGCAACACUGAAGGACAAGACAGGAUCGAGCCAACCUGCGAUAUCAAAAUUCAUUGAGGAAAAGUACAAGAAGUCUCUGCCUCCAAACUUCAAAAAAGUCUUGUCUGUCCAAUUGAAGAGGUUUGUGAAAUCUGAGAGACUUGUAAAAUUCAAGAAUUCUUACAAGAUUUCUUCAACUGAGAAGCUGAAAUUGGCCAUCAAAGAGACCCAAAAAAACAAGGGUGCUGCCAAGAAGAUCUCAACCCCUGAAAAGAAGGCUGCCAAGAAGAUAUCGGAGAAAGGUGUCAAGACCAAGAGGCUUAGUCAGGUUAAGACACCUGAGAUUUUGAAGAAGGGUAAGAAGGAUGUGAAGCUGCAAAAAUGA